AUGAACGCCCCCCAAACUGCUAAAGAAUUGGCCGCACUUACCGAUGCUGGGAUCAAUGGCACCUCAUUGAAAUCAGAAGUGUCUUUACCGCCUACGGUUCUUAAAUCAAAAGACUCAUUGCACACUCAAACGUACUAUUCUGAGGUUCCAGCAGCCAUCAAAGAGUCUGGAAACCCUGUUAUACUUGGUGUUGAUGAAGCAGGACGUGGACCAGUGAUAGGACCCAUGGUUUAUGGGAUAAGUUACUGCACGAGAGAAUACCAAGACGAAGUCCUGAAAAAACGUUACGCGUUUGAUGAUUCUAAAAAACUCACAGAUUCUGUAAGGAGAGACCUGUUUCAACGCAUGUAUACUGGCGAGAUCAAUCAAGUGGGCUAUGCAACGACGUGCAUCACACCUUGCGAUAUUUCCAGCGGCAUGCUACGAUUCCCACCGGAGAAGAAUUACAACCUAAAUAGUCAGGCCCAUGAUGCGACAAUGGCACUUAUAAGAGGCGUUCUAGAACAAGAGGUUGCCAUUGAGCAUGUUUACGUGGACACAGUGGGCCCACCAGCGUCGUAUCAACAAAAACUGGAGGCUAAUUUCCCCAAUAUUAAGUUCACGGUCGCUAAGAAGGCGGACUCGCUUUUUUGCGUGGUCAGCGUGGCUAGUGUUGUUGCAAAAGUGACGCGAGACAUAUUGGUGGAUCUGCUCAAGAGCUUUCCAGAUGAAAUCAUAGGUUCGGGGUACCCUUCGGAUGGAAAAACGAGCGCGUGGUUGAAAUCGAAUAGAACCGAGCUUCUGGGUUGGCCCUCCAACAUGGUACGGUUUUCGUGGCAGACGGCGCAAACUUUACUGGACAAGAACCCGGAUGCUGUGGCUAUCGAAUGGGAGGACGACUAUAUCGGGAAGGGCUCGCAAUCGGUGUCUGCCAUGUUUUCGGCCCCACCAAAGGCCGUGACACUCGACAAUUGGUAUGGAAUUGAGUAG